AUGACAAUUAACCAAGGAGCAAGCAAUUUGCGACGCAUUCUCGCGGAUCCCAAUGGCUUCGUCACAGCCCCCGGGGUGUACGACGGCAUGUCAGCACGACUGGCACUUGCCGCCGGCUUUGACGCCCUGUAUAUGACCGGAGCAGGCACCGCAGCCUCUGUCCACGGACAUGCAGAUCUGGGAAUCUGCACGCUAAACGACAUGCGCAGCAAUGCCGAAAUGCUAGCAAACCUCUCCCCAUCCACCCCUCUAAUCGCCGACGCCGACACAGGCUACGGCGGCCCGAUCAUGGUCUCCAGAACAACAGAACAAUACGCCCGCUCAGGCGUAGCAGCCUUCCACAUCGAAGACCAAGUGCAAACUAAACGCUGCGGCCACCUCUCCGGCAAACUCCUCGUCGACACAGCAACAUACACAACCCGGAUCCGAGCAGCCGUUCAAGCCCGCCAGCGAAUCGGUAGUGAUAUCGUGAUCAUUGCGCGCACUGACGCAUUGCUGGGACACGGGUACGAGGAGAGUCUAGCAAGACUUCGAGCUGCGCGCGACGCGGGGGCGGACGUCGGAUUCCUCGAGGGGAUUUCUUCGCGGGAGAUGGCUGCGCAGGCGGUGCGGGAUCUUGCGCCUUGGCCUUUGUUGCUUAAUAUGGUUGAGCAUGGGUCUACGCCUUCGAUUUCGGCAAAGGAGGCGCGGGAGCUAGGGUUCCGUAUUAUCAUCUUUCCAUUUGCGACACUUGGGCCGGCGCUUGUGGCUAUGCGGGAGGGGUUGGAGAAGUUGAAGAGGGAUGGGUUGCCGGGAUUGGAUAAAGAGAUUACGCCGCAGAUGCUGUUUAGGGUGUGUGGGCUUGAUGAAAGUGUCAAGCUGGAUGCAGAGGCGGGUGGAAACGCGUUUGAGGGGGGUGUGGAUUUGCGGGAGACCUGA